AUGGCUAAGAUAGAUAAGAAUGUUGAAGUGGCUAAUGCACAGCAAAUUUCAGAUAUAAAAUCCCGCUUAAAAGAGCACGUAAUAUAUAAUUCUGGGUAUAAUUCGUCAGUUAUUAGUAGUCUUCCGGAGUUGAUAGCACUAGAUCCAGAUUUGGUUGCAGAGAAGGAGAAGAAGAAGAGAAAGUUAAGAAAAGCAUUAAAUUAG